AUGGUCACUCCUCCUUCAGUAACUUAUGCAGAGGCAAAAGCACGGGUUGUCCGUGCAAUUGCAAAAAUCACUUCAUUUGUCGCUGCAGCCGGUGAAUAUAAAGCCGAUCGUUCUAAUGCGGGCAAACAUGCUAAAGUAGCUAAGAUGCUGUCUGAAUUAAAUGACAUUCGUCGAAUUGCUGAAGACGAUUUCCAAGUCAUGGAAUCUUCUGUUAGUAAAAAGUUAGCCCCCAUGGAAGUCGUAGAUAAUAAAGAGAGUCUAAGCCUCAGUGCCGAUUUUGACAAUUUGUACUAUGAACUUGCUGCUUUUGCUGAUGUGUAUCAUAUUUCAUUAUCUCCCGGCAUGGAUACAUCCUCAGCUCAGUUGUCAGUUAACCAAACAACAGGCUCCAGUAAUUUGUCACAUUAUCAACUGCCCAAACGGAGCUUUCCUACGUUUUCUGGAGUGCUUAUUGAAUGGCAAGGUUUCGAAGAUCUCUUUAAAUCAAUUUUGUCCCACGCUCCUGAUCUUCCCGAUGUUGAGCGAUUUGAAAUAUUAAAGACCUCUCUGCAAGGUGAAGCUCUAUCGUUGGUUUCACAUCUCCCUUUGACGUCCGCAAACUAUAACAAAGCUUGGGAAGUGUUGCGUGCUCGUUAUGGGAACAAGCGUGAUUUGGCUCGAAUUCAUCUGGACGCCCUCCUAGCACCCCACACAGUCAAUUGUAACGACGCGGCUUCCAUAAAAACUCUUCUCACGACCAUUCUUGAACACACUGCGGCCCUAGAUAAUUUAGAUUUUGUUACUCGCCAUUGGAGUCCGAUUCUUGUUCAUAUCUUUGAAAAUCAUCUAGAUUAUGAUCUUCGCUCUCGUUGGGAACUCACUGUUGGAGAUCGCCAUCAACCAGCCACGAGUGACUUUGUAGAAUUUUUAAGGAGCCAUGUUCGGUCAGCCGAAGCUCGUGCAGGAAAUUAUUCAACGACUUUACAAUCUAGUACUUCCCAACCAAAACAGUCAAAAAAGGUAUAUACUACACACUCUCGUCCCACUUAUGGACCAAAAGUGUUGACCGCCAGUGCGGCGUUAUCCACUGAAUCAGGUCAUCGGUCACCUGCUAUCAGUAACUGCCAAAUUUGCAAAAAGCCUCAUUCGAUUCGACAAUGUCAAUUGUUCCUUAGUAAAGGCCCAAACGAUCGUUUUCAGCUGGCAAAAACCCAUCGUCUCUGCAUCAACUGUCUCGGCUGUGGACACUCGUCCGCUGCGUGCCCUUCGAAAUUCAAGUGUCAAUCGUGCAAUCGUUCUCACCAUACCUUGUUACACUUUGAAUCAAGUCCAGCCACGAGUACACCACCAAGUAGUUCCAUGGUGGUCCAGUCAGGUGAUCCUACCCGCACGGUCUCGUUAGUUGUAAAAGAUAACCCCCAGAAAGUGGUAUUAUUAUCAACUGUGCUUCUGGACAUUUGUGGUACCGAUGGUCAUCGUCAUUCGUUUAGAGCCCUAUUAGACAGUGGCUCUCAAGCCAGCUUUAUCACGGGCAAAUCGGCUGACAUUCUUAUGCUCAAUCGCCGACGUUCACCUGUGAGUAUAACCACGUUUGCUAACACUACUGCUACUCCUGUUUGUGGAUCAUCCGUUGUCAUUGUGACUCCUCACGGCAAACAAACACCCAGCCUAAGUAUUGACGCUUUGAUUGUACCACAGAUCACAGGAAAAACCCCGCAAAUCUCGUUCACACCUGGUCAAUGGACACAUAUUCACCAUUUGCCCUUAGCAGAUCCGUCAUAUCACAUUCCUGGUGACAUAGACUUGCUGUUGGGCUCCGACAUUCUACCGUCCAUAUUAUGCGACAGUCUCAUUUCGGGUAGUGCAGGCGAGCCUACUGCGUUAAAAACAAUUUUCGGUUGGGUUUUGUUUGGGCCGACCACCACAGCUCCCCCUGUUUCACUGGCCACAAUGUGUGUGUCAACAUCCAGCAACCUUGAUGCAACCUUAAGAAAGUUUUGGGAGUUGGAAGAGCUACCUGUAGUUCAUCACUUAAGUCCCGAUGACAAAGUUGCAGAAGAGAUCUACGUCUCAACCACUACUCGUCUUAGUUCAGGUCGUUUUAUGGUUACACUUCCGUUUCGAACACCGUCUCCUGUGUUAGGUGAUUCUAAGACUCAUGCUCAUCAACGCUACAAGGCCCUUGAGCUUCGACUAAGUCGACAACCUGAUCUUCGAAAACAGUACAUAGACUUUAUGCAGGAUUACUUGUCAAGUGGUCACAUGGAACUUGUGCCAGUGUCUGAACGCGACAAUCCACUGAAUUACUAUAUACCACACCAUUGUGUCAUAAAACCUGACAGCAAGACAACAAAAUUGCGUGUUGUAUUCAAUGCUUCAGCCCGUACUUCAACCGGAGCCUCUCUGAAUGAGAGUAUGUAUACUGGUCCAAAGUUGCAACCAGAUAUUCAAGUUGUAUUGCUCCGCUCUCGUCUCUGGAAGUACCUGUUUAUGGCUGACAUAAAACAGAUGUACCGCCAAAUCCUAGUUCAACCUUCAGAUCGAGACUAUUUGAGAAUCCUGUGGAGAUUUUCACCCUCGUCUCCAAUUGAUGAAUAUCGGCUCUGUACAGUUACGUAUGGAACGUCAGCAGCACCUUUUCAAGCUCUGCGAACUAUUCGUCAUCUUGCUACACUGGACGGUGCUAGGUGGCCGGUGGCCGCUGACGUUUUACUCAAUGACACUUUUGUCGACGAUAUUUUAACUGGUGCAAACUCAGAAGAAGACGCUCUCAACUGUCAAGACCAAUUGAUAAACCUUUGUGCACUCGCUCAAUUUGAGCUCCGCAAGUGGGCCAGCAACAAUGUACAACUUCUACAAAUGGUCCCACCAGAAUCUCGUGCAAUGUCCGUCUCAGUCUUGUUCGACAGUGACGAACUCUCUGAUUUGAAAGUAUUAGGGUUAAAAUGGGACCCAUCUGCUGACACUUUUUCCUUUAAAGCUCAGCCAUCGAUGACUCAACCGACAAAACGAUCUGUUCUGUCCGACAUUGCUCGUGUCUUUGAUCCGUUAGGACUGUUGUCACCCAUGACCUUUUUCACAAAACACGUCAUGCAACAGCUGUGGACCUCCGGUAUCAACUGGGAUGACCCAGUUCCCUCUGACAUUGCCUCCCUAUGGGCCCGAUAUCAGUCUGAACAGCAGCUAAUUGAAACCAUUAGUAUUCCUCGUCGUAUUACCUAUGAUCAUGCUAUUUCUGUACAACUCCAUGCCUUUUCUGAUAGCUCUGAAAAAGGUUAUGCCGCGGCAGUAUAUCUCCGUGUAGAGACAGUCACGUCAGUGUAUUGUCAUCUCAUAACAGGAAAGUCAAAAGUAGCCCCUCUCAAGCGGUCCACAAUUCCCCGUCUGGAACUGUGUGGUGCCGUAUUGGCUUCGAAACUCCUCCGAUUGGUUGCUGACUCCUACACUAAUCGCAUAACUAUUGACGAACUCCACGCCUGGACUGAUUCCACCACAGCUCUCGUUUGGAUUAGGUCUUCCCCUCAUCGAUGGGCCACAUUCAUCGCGAAUCGAACCAGUCUGAUCCACGAUUUAACCACACCUGCAAUUUGGCGCCCUGUUCCCACGAAGGAGAAUCCAGUCGAUUGCGCAUCGCGCGGAUUGUUUCCUUCCGAGCUCCUCAACCACUCACUGUGGUGGACUGGUCCAUCAUUUUUACUGAGUCCUCCAGACAAAUGGCCAAAAUUACUGUUAACCAAACUUGAAGAUUUCACUGGGCCCCCCACAAGGGAAGCUCGAGUACCUACUGUGCUCACCGUCACUGUAGACAUUCCGAUAAUCAAUUUGUUAAAUCGCAUGUCAUCUCUGCAGAAGAUCCUUCGCGUAAUCGCUUACUGUUUUCGAUUUUCCAAGCCCCGUUCUGACGCUCCAAUUAGCAACAUUAUAAAUGCGACAGAGAUCACUCGUGCUCUCUCUGCCUUGGUCUACUUAGUCCAACGUCAAACGUUUGCCGUCGAAAUUGCAGCUCUGUCAAACGGUCUUCCCUGCUCAAAAUCUCUCCGACGUUUAGACCUGUUUAUUGACCCAGUUGGUGUUCUCAGAGUGGGCGGUCGGCUUCGCAACGCAGAAAUUCCAUACGUUCACAAGCAUCCUGCUUUGUUGCCGUCCCGUCAUCGUUUAACUGAUCUAAUAAUUGAUCACAACCAUUGUGCAUUAAGCCAUCCAGGAGCCAUGACCCUCCAAUCACAUUUACAGCGUGAGUUUUGGAUACUGUCAGGGAGGCAGGCUAUUAGGUCCCGGCUGCGAUUAUGUCUUCCAUGCUUUCGCACUAGACCUCAAACGGUUCAACCAAAAAUGGCUGCUCUUCCUAAAUACAGAGUACAACAGAUAAAACCAUUUGCUAUCUCAGGCGUUGAUUAUGCUGGCCCGAUAUCUAUCAAAGGAUCCCGUGGUCGCGCAUCAUCCAGGAGCUCUGCCUACAUUUGUUUAUUCGUCUGUACCGUAACCAAGGCAUUGCACAUCGAGCUCAGUUCUGACCUGUCAACGGAAACUUUCCUCCUAGCGUUCACUCGUUUUGCUGCUCGUCGUGGACCGAUCAAAGAGAUCCAUAGUGAUUGUGGUACUAAUUUCGUUGGUGCCGCGAAUAUUUUAAACCCGCUACAUAACUUCAUCGCAUCAGAAACCUAUCAACACAGUGUACGAAAUCAUUUGUCCAAGGACCAAAUUACUUGGUUUUUCAAUCCUCCGUCUUCUCCUCACUUUGGAGGACUCUGGGAAGCUGGAGUAAAGUCGACUAAGUCGUUAAUUUUUCGAUCCAUUGGAACCCAUAGACUCACAAGUGAAGAACUAAUCACUUUGUUGACAAAAAUUGAAGCCACUCUAAAUUCACGGCCUUUGUGUGCCCUUAGCAAUGAUCCCAAAGAUUUAGAAGCUUUGACGCCAAGCCAUUUUUUAACGCUGGUCUCAUCGACAUCUCUUCCGGACCCUUGUUUGGAAAACGUACCACUCUCAAAAAUGCAGCGUUGGCGCUUAGUUACUGAUCUCCACCGGUACUUCUGGACCAGAUGGAAAAAUGAAUAUUUGUCUACUCUCCAGCUGCGAACAAAAUGGUCUGAUGAUGGAAAGCAGUUGAAUGUUGGAGACCUUGUCCUAAUAAAGGAACCCUCGCAUCCGCUGUAUUGGCGAUACGGACGUAUCACGGACCUCCACCCUGGUGCAGACGGGGUGUCACGCGUUGCUACUGUCCACACGUCGUCUGGAGUUCUAACUCGGCCAGCUGUCAAGUUGUGUCCAGUGCCUUCUUGUUGA